UUUUUUUAAAAGGCAUGAAAAAGACUCCUAGGGCCCAAACUCUCUAAUCUUCAUCAUUUUUUCUCCCCCAAUUUCUCUUUACAAAUACAAACUCCAUAAUUCCCCCUAAUUUCUCAAUUUUUCAAUUUUUCAAUUUUUUCUUCGAUUUUCUGAACUUCGAUAUAAAACCCCUAAAAUUUACGAUCUUUCUGAAAACCCAUCAUUCAAAAUCAGUUCUUUCUCAUUUGGGCACUCCCAAAAUCUUGAAAUUCAAACCUGGGUAUUUUUUUAUAAAGGUUUUUGAAAGAGGAGAGAGAAAAAAAAAAUGGGGUUUAGAAAGAACGAUAAUGAAGCAGGAUCAAGCUCUCAUUCAAUCCCAAUUGCAAGAGAAGACACCCCACUUGUUGGUAAAUCUAAGCAAUCAUCUCAAUUUAAAACUUUGGCAAACAUAUUUAUUGCAGUAGUAGGAUCUGGUGUUUUGGGUUUACCUUAUACUUUCAUGAAAUCUGGUUGGCUUUUUGGUGUUUUUACUCUCUUUUCUAUUGCUCUUCUUACUUACUAUUGCAUGAUGUUGUUAGUUUAUACUCGAAGAAAGCUUGAAUCUUUAAAUGGAUACUCAAAAAUCAACUCAUUUGGUGAUUUGGGUUUCUCUGUUUGUGGCUCAAUUGGGAGAUUAUCUGUUGAUAUUAUGAUAAUUUUAUCACAAGCUGGUUUUUGUGUAAGUUACAUGAUAUUUAUUUCAAAUACUUUUGCUCAUUUGCUCAAUAGUACUUCUUCUCAAGCACAAACUUAUUGGGGUCUUACCCCUAAUAAAUGGUAUAUAUGGGCUGUAUUCCCUUUGCAAUUAGGUGUGAAUGCCAUUCCAACAUUGACUCAUUUAGCUCCUUUGAGUAUUUUUGCGGAUAUUGUCCAACUUGGAGCUAUGGGUGUUGUGAUGGGAAAAGAUGCAAUUGUUAUUGCUCAUAAUAAGCCAGUUGUUCAAGCAUUUGGAGGUUGGAAUGUUAUCUUUUACUGUAUUGGGGUUUGCACUUAUUCCUUUGAGGGAAUUGGAAUGGUUUUGCCUCUUGAAACCGAGACGAAGAACAAGAAAGGCUAUGGAUUAGUAUUGGGUUUGGCAAUGGGAAUGAUUUCUUUCUUGUAUGCCUUAUUUGGUGUUAUGGGUUACCUUGCUUUUGGAAAUGAAACCAGGGAUAUAAUCACAACCAAUAUCGGAACCGGGAUCAUAAGCACUUUGGUGCAAUUAGGGCUUUGUAUUAACCUUUUCUUUUCAUGCCCAUUGAUGAUGAACCCAGUUUAUGAGGUUUUGGAGAGAAGGUUAACUCAAGGAUGCUAUAACUUGUGGGCUAGGUGGUUGAUGAUUUUAGGGGUGUGUUUGGUGGCCUUAAUGGUGCCCAAUUUCGCCGAUUUCUUGUCACUUGUUGGAAGCAGUGUGUGCAUUGCUUUGGGGUUUGUUUUCCCUGCUCUCUUCCACUUCAUUGUUUUCAAAGACGAGGCGAGUUUGGGAAAGCUGGUUUUGGAUGGAGCAAUUGUUGUUAUAGGCAUUCUUCUUGGUGUCUCCGGUACUUACACUUCUCUUAUGGAGAUCUUUGGUACCAAAGCUUGAUUUUUUUGCCAUUACUUGAUGUAUGAAUGUAGUUUCUUCAAAUUGAACAUCAUUUAAUUUAUCUUUCACAUAAAUUUGUAUAAUAUGCGUGUAUAAUCUUAGGUUUGGUAUGAUUAAUGUGUAUCUUGUAUGAUCAUUUUUUUGCAUGAUCAAUCAAAGAUAUGGAAAUGGAAUUGUGUCAUAAUGUCAAAUAAUAAGCAAUGUUGAAAUAGUUAUUGGUCA